CUGUCACUCCAUCUCACUUUUCUCCCGAACACCUCAAAACUCUUUCCCCCUCUCCCAACUCUCUCGUCUUCCCCGUUGCAGACCCCAAAAAUACAGACGGCGGAGCCGCCGAUAUCCAGCGAUGGAACCUCCUAAACCACCAUCACGAUACCCCUCUCCUCCCAACAAAUCCACAUACGGCCCCUGUUUCCUGAGAAAUUGAAACUGCGAGCUCCGUCGCGACUCUAAUUUUCCCGGCGAGAAUAUCUCCGUUUACGGCGAAGGCCAGCAUAGCACGAUUCGGUUGUUUGGAUAUUUUUGGUCGGGGUGUGUCAAAAAAGACUCUUAGAAAGCAACCACAUCAUAUAUGGCAUCUCCAUUAGAGAACACCUGAAUUUCUUUUAGUCCCAUUGGACAUAUUUGACUUCUUCUUUGGAGAUGGUCUAAGUGCUUUUAGUGAAGCAUUUGCAUUUAAAAUUAUUUUUGUGCUUUUAAUAUAAGUGCUUUUAAAUAUAAGUGAUUUUGAAAGAAGCAUUUUCAAACGAGCUUGCAUUCUUUCAUACCUUACAAGUUCUUACAAGUUACAACUAAAAAGGAAUUGGGUGUGAAGAAUAUUAUAUGCAUUUUCAUGUGAUUAAGCACCAUUUUCAUCAUGUAAUAUUCAAGUCUUAAGCACCAUGACCACUUCCACUUCCACUUCCAUUCAUUCCCAAACCCUCUUAUGACUUUCAUUUUUUGCAACAACUAUGGUUGUCCUCUGCUUGAACAAACAUCAAGGUUUAUCUUUGUGAGGAUCCUAGGAAUCAAUUCAUCUCAACCGUUCAUCGUGCAUUGUGUAGUCAGCUUUCGUUAAGGAAUUAAAAAUGCAAGCAUCGUUUGGGGAGGGAUUUCUUAAACAUAUUGCAUGCUCAAUUAGAAAAAUUCAUCUAAAUUGCAGUGGGCCAAUCUGUAGUGUACACAUUCUCUGACUUGUACUCAUUUGUCCCCCAAUUAUUACAAGAUGCUAAAACAAAACAUCCAUGAGCCCCAAUUAUUUUAUCAAAGAGAAAUGCUAAAAGCUGAGACUCUUCAUGGACUCUCUGCCACUUCAUGUUUAUCGACACAAUGUUUUAUAAUAUUGACAUAGGAAUUGAAGUUAAACUGUGAGGUAGCAGAAAAUCUAUAGAGAGCCCACUCUAAGAGAGUUCAUGAGUCCCACUUCAAGAGAGUUCCCUUACCAUUUUAAGAUGCCAAAUAAAUUAAUACAAACUCCAAAUGUAUUGCAAAUGUAAUGACAGUUUGGAGUCUUAAAGUCCCUUCCCUCUCAGUCAGAAUUACAGUACUGAAGUCAUCGACUCAUCGGUAUCAAAGCAACAUUCUGAUAUUCUUCAAAUAUUUCAAUCAAAAGCGUCAUUCCCCAGCUUGCGAAGAUGGCAAACGGGCUGUCGAGUUAUGACAUAACCAAGGAUAUGAAGGAUUUUGAGGAAACAAAAGCUGGAGUAAAAGGACUUGUGGACACAGGGCUGACAAAACUCCCCAGGAUGUUCAUCCAGCCAGCAGAUAGACUUUCAGAUUUGGCAAUAAAAAAUACAGAGUUACGAGUUCCUGUCAUAGACUUUGAGGGCUUUGAUCAAGAUUUCCGACGUCCGCAGAUUGUGAAGGAGGUUCGUGAAGCAUGCGAAACGUGGGGGUUCUUUCAAAUGGUUAACCAUGGAGUUCCGGAGAAGGCGAUGGAUAAGGCGUUAGAAGGGUCUCGACGAUUUCAUGAGCAGCCGAAGGAGGAUAGGAUGGACUGGUAUUCUCGUGACUAUAAUAAAAAAGUGGCAUACUACAGCAGUGUAAAACCGUUGGCAACGAAAGCAGCAGUUUGGAGAGACUCGGUAGGGUUUGAUUUCGUGGACGGUCCAUUGGAACCCGAGAACAUUCCAUCGGUUUGCAGAGAGGCGGUGCAGGAGUACACCAAGCACAUGAAGAACCUGGGAAAUGUGCUAUCCGGUUUGCUUUCGGAGGCCUUGGGGCUUAGCGCUGACUACCUGGAACGCAGAGAGUUCCUGAAGGUUGAAAGUCUGGUGCUCCAUUACUCCCCGAGCUGUCCAGAACCCAAGCUGACCCUCAACACAUCCAGGCAUUCAGAUCCUUCCUCUUUUACCGUAGUCUUGCAAGACAAAACUGGCGGCCUGCAAGUCCUCCACGAAGGUCAUUGGGUUGAUGUUCCUCCAACUAAAGGAACUCUCGUGGCCAAUGUCGGUGAUCUUCUGCAAUUUAUCUCCAACGGCAAGUUCAAAAGCGUAGUGCACAGGGUACUGGCAGGAACAGCGGGGCCUAGAGUAUCAGCUGUAUGUUUUUUCUAUCCAACCGAGAGAAUCAAACCCAUCGGACCAAUCAAGGAGAUUCUUUCUGGAGACCAGCCUAUUUACAGGGAAGUAAGCGUUCGUUCGUAUCUUGCUUACUACAGAGCAAAUGGAUUCGAGGGUAAAUCAGUCGUUCCAGAUUUCGAAUUAGCCCCUACGGUUUAGAUUCGAUUCACUUUAAUCCCUAUGGUUUGUAAACCACCUAAGGAAAUGUGUAUGUUUUGCAACCUUGGAUAAUUCCUUCCCAGCACAUCAGACAUGGUAACAAGAGAAGCUUUAAACA